GCGUGUAAACACACGUUUUAUUCCAACGUUGAGCAUAUCAGUCCAGACUGGGGGGUCGGCAGUUAAAAGUCUGGCAACCCCGCGCAAGCUUGCUGCAUCACACAGGCCUUCCAUUACGCUUGUAACGCGACCGGCGUCUUCUGUCUACGAAUAAGCUCGGCCUCUACAUAAAAAUGAGUGAUGAAGGCUACGUCGUACGAAUCAGGGGUCUCCCUUGGUCCUGUUCGGUGGAGGAAGUGCAGAGAUUUUUCUCAGAUUGCAAAAUGCUCGGCAACGGCGGCGGUGUCCACUUCACCUCCACGAGAGAGGGUCGUCCCAGCGGCGAGGCCUUUGUUGAGAUGGAAACAGAAGAAGACCUUAAGAUAGCCUUGAAGAAGGACAGGGAAACUAUGGGGCACAGAUAUGUGGAGGUGUUUAAAUCCAACAAUGUGGAGAUGGAUUGGGUCAUGAAGCACACUGGUCCAAACUGUCCAGAGACAGCGGGAGAUGGGCUUGUGCGGCUGCGAGGCCUCCCCUUUGGCUGUAGCAAGGAGGAGAUUGUCCAGUUUUUCUCAGGGUUGGAAAUCGUGCCAAAUGGGAUAACAUUGCCGGUGGACAUCCAGGGGAGGAGUACGGGGGAGGCCUUCGUGCAGUUUGCUUCACAGGAUAUAGCUGAAAAGGCUCUAAAGAAACACAAGGAAAGAAUAGGGCACAGGUACAUUGAGAUCUUCAAGAGUAGCCGCGCUGAGGUGCGUACCCAUUAUGAGCCCCAGCGAAAGCCCAUGAGCAUGCAAAGACCUGGCCCUUAUGACCGGCCCUCUAGCGGGCGCGGCUACAGCAUGCUGAGCCGGGGCGGGUCUUAUGACCGAAUGCGGCGUGGAGGAUAUGGAGGUGGUGUGUCGAGCGGACGAAGAUCUGAAAUCAGCUUUGGUGUAUCGGACUCCCGGUACAACGACGGCGGUUCGUCCUUCCAGAGCACAACGGGCCACUGUGUCCAUAUGAGAGGGCUGCCUUACAGAGCCACAGAGUCUGACAUCUACAUUUUCUUCUCCCCAUUAAAUCCGGUGCGGGUCCAUAUUGAGGUUGGCCCUGAUGGGAGGGUGACCGGGGAGGCAGAUGUGGAGUUUGCAACACAUGAGGAUGCAGUGGCAGCCAUGUCCAAAGACAAAGCCAACAUGCAGCACCGCUAUGUGGAGCUUUUCCUAAACUCAACAGCAGGUGGCAGUAAUGGCGGAUACAGCAGCCAGAUGAUGGGGGGGAGCCAGUCGUCUUACAGCAGCAGUCAGCUGAGCUCUGGCUACUCUAGUGGAUACGGUAGCCAAGGAAACAUGGGCGGCUACAGUGACUACAGUAACCAGGGCGGAAUGGGAAGCAGUUACUAUGGCAGUGGAGGAGGUGGUGGUAGCAGAAGCUCUAUGAAUGGACUCGGCGGGGGCUGGGGAAUGUAGUUUUUCCUUUGUCAUAGUACCUUUUUUUUGUGACCAUUUGUUUUAACUCAGAAUUUUGCUGCUGGGAUGGAAAUGUUUCAGCAAUAAACAUGGGGGAAGGUCAUGGGGAGCUUUUGAACAUUGCGAGGGGUGGUUUGUAAUUUUUUUUAAGUGCAUGAUCCUAAGAGAGAUCACAAGCGUGUUGAAGAGGUGUUCCGUUUCACUUCGUCUGAAAUGUCUAUUCACAGAACCCACGUGUAUUCCAUUUUAAAACUGGGAUUGUUCUCCACACACCCACUCUUGUCUUGCUAGUGUUGCGUCACAUUUCUUUUUUUAUGUAAGGAUGUUUUAGACACUUUUAAACAUCUAAUCCUUUUGAUUUAGUUAAAUGUUCAUCUGAUUUCAGUCCUGACGAGCAGCACAUUUUGACUGCAGACUGGGCUUUUUUUUUGGAUGAAGACUCUCAAAAACAAAAUUUUCUGCUUCUAAUGCCAUUUGUAUUUUCUGUGAGCAAAGUGAAUAAACUAGUUGGAACAUGUCUUGGAAA